AUGGGUCUCGCCUUCACCAAGAUAUGGCAGCGCCUGAUUGGCAAGCAGGAGAUGCGAAUCCUCAUGGUGGGCUUGGACGCGGCGGGUAAGACCACCAUCCUCUACAAGCUGAAGCUCGGAGAGGUGGUCACGACCAUCCCCACCAUCGGCUUCAACGUUGGGACCCAAGUUGCCGAGUUCGUUUCUUUGGUCGACGUGGAGACGGUCGAGCGCCACGGCCGCAAGCUGUGCUGCGUCCCUGUGAAACGAGCCAAUGACAUGGCAGGUGCCUUGGAGUGGAAGGGUUGGGCAGCUGAGACAGGCCAGGACAAGAUCCGCCCCCUGUGGCGCCACUACUACCAAGGCACCAACGGCCUGAUCUACGUGGUGGACAGCAACGACCGUGACCGCGUCGAAGACGCUCGCGAGGAGCCGCCCGGAGCCCUCCCCCCCCGAAAAGGACACCCGAAAAAAAUCAAGUUGACCGAGCCUAAGCCGGCGAACCAUGGGGUUCUCCUUGUUCCCUUGCGGUACUCAGAGGAUCGACAUCACAUUGCUUGGUGGGGCAAAAAGGGGGGAUCCCCCCCUCGAAAAUCGUGGUCUUCCUUUAGACAUUCCUUUUUUUGGUCAAGGAAGCGACCAGAGUUUGGUUCUGUUUACCGGCGCAGCAGCAGCUUGGUGCUCAAGUUCGCACCUUUCUGGGAACAUCGGUUUAGGGGUGAUUUGUUUGAGGGAACCCUCCUUUUUGUGGUUGUUGAAGGGAAACCAAUAAGACAACCACCAUUUUGGGGGUUCGCUCAGAAAGACACACCCAGUGGCAAGUAG